UAUACACAUGAAACGCAUGACUAUGGAUUUAUUUACUUAAUAUAUGGUUAAACAGAAACUUGAAUAUCAUUUGAUAUAAAAUUGUCAAACCUGUAAGAUACCGGAGCCGUUAAACUGGACAAAAUUGUCAGUGCUGUUGUGUUUAUAGACCUUACAGACUAUUGGGUGCAGGUUUCUAGACGCACGAGGCGCUGUCUUGAUUAACCCGUUUUAAUGAAUAUACAUGAGUGUUCAACCGGUCGUGAUUUGAAAUAAUUCGAUUAAAGAACGACGGUGGAUGAAACAGUGACAGUUUUAAUGAGGCUUUGAUAGGCAACAGAUGAUAACAAGGGAGCAUAUUUGCAACCUCACGAAAACUAUCAGAAGUCUUAUCCAUAAAGACAAACGAGAAAAAUAAGCUUUUGUCUGAUGUAAAUGUUGUGAUUCCGGUUAUAUAAGAUCAAGAACGCUUUCUGAACAUCCUAGCGAUUAUUUCAAUACCAGAGCACAUCUUAGUGGAGUCGUAUUUUGCUGUGGAAAACAAGGAAGUUUAUAAGUGAAUUAAAUACUGACGUAGAAAACAUUCGAAGGGCGAAGAGUCUCACGAAAUUGCGGUUAAAUUCUGUGAAAACGACAAUUUGGAUGGUUCAUACUUAAUGCAGCUAAGACGUGCAUUGUGUUUUAUAAACUUCAUAAGCCUGUAAAGCGAACGUUACCGGGUUGAAGUUAUAAAUUCAAUAUCAGAUUCAAAUCUGAUCAUGUUCGACAAAUAAAACUAGAAGUUGUCAGUUUUAAAUAUUUGCAUAGCCUCUUUAAGAAGGAUUCUCUACAAGCUGUAGAAAAAAGAGAAGUUUGCGUUAUCUCGAUGAAAUAUUACAAUCAAGCGCUCUUCUUAUACGCUACUUGGCUAAGACCAAAUAUAUAUUCGAAUCUUUUUUAUCGUUAUCAUCUACUCUAAAACUGUUUGGUGGACAGACGGUUAUCCGAAGUUACGGGUACAUGCAGCAUUGUCGCGCAGCUAACCAACGAAGGCUCGAGCCACUGGUUAGGGCAUAAUUGCUCAUGUACAUAGAAAUCUCUACAUCCCUCGGGCUUUAUCGCUAAUAAGUAAACACGAGCACGGCUCAAGACCUAAUUGACUGCUGUGUUAACAAUCUUUAGUGCAUCCUUUUGAUGGAUUUAGUGAUGUAUUGUUUAUAAGGUGAUGAAAAUAUUAAUAUCGUGCCUGUUUGAUUAAGGAUUGAGAACAAGGGCCGCAUAUUAAUGUUCUAGGGAACGGAAAGGCUUGGCCAAAUUUAUCGUUCACGGUGGAAGCUAGGAGUUGAAGGAUUCCUCGCCAGUGGUUGCCAGUCAGUCUCGCUAGGAGUUGAAGGAUUCCUCGCCAGUGGUUGCCAGUCAGUCUCUUGUUCAUACCCAGGCGACACCGGACCAGAAAUAUCGCGGUAAACAACAUUACUGGGUAGAAAAACCAGACAACGAGUUAAACAACGCAGUUCCAAAUUAUUGUGCUAAUGUGGCGGACGUUGAAGUGACGUGCUUGAAUAUAAAGAUACGUACUGGUGACUUUCUUGAAGACACUUCAUACGUUAGAGAGAGUUACACUAAAACAUUUAAGUCAGGACUCGACAUUACAAUUAUAAGAAGAUUGCAGUUGAAGAUUGUUCUGUGAACCUUACAUUAAGUGUAAACCAUAAGAAUUGAAAAAGGUAUUGUUUUUAAUAGACAGUUAAGUGCCAAACGUCAAGCUGGAAAUCAUGAGAUUGACUCCGACACCGACGGCAUUUACUUUGCCGACGGUGCCGGCAUUGCAGUCGUUGCCGGCGAUGUCAAUGUCCAUGUCGGGCUCGGGAGCAGAGACUCUUAUAUACUACACAAUGUCACAGCCGCCGCCGGCGAGCCCGACUUACUCAACAUUCACCAACGGCGGUGCCCUGACUACAGGAAUUCCACAAUUAAGUCCGAACAUUCGACAAAAUGUUACCCCGAUGGUGAGCCCAGGAGUGCCUCCAGUGAGCCCGGGGCUACCGUCCCCGUCGACGACAGGGCUCGUUCCGGACAUUAUGCACCUUAUAAACUAUGGUGAUAAAGACAUGGGGCUUCUUCUUUCGCAAAGGAUGGAGCUGGUGUGGCACGGGGAGUUUGAUCGGCUGUUCUCCCAGUACUUCCCCCACAUGUGGUGCCUCGUGCCAACCUUCUACCCCCCGGGCGAUCAGUGGAGGACGUUCAAGGACAGCGCCAAGGUCCGCUUCUCCUGUCAGGAUUGUGGUCACGGGUGGACGUCCAUGAAAGGCCGGGUUAUAUUCUGGUUCGAGCUCAACUAUGCCACCAACUCUGGCUGUGUGAUGUUUAAGCUGUACGGACAACAGUGCCAGAAGUGUAAGACUGGCAAGUUCGAGCACGCCAUGUGGUACCCGGAAGAGGUCGUGAAGGUCGUCGGGAACGUUUACAACCGAGUGGGUCAGAUCUACUAUGGAUUUGUGAGGCCCCCUCUCCGAAUCGACAGACGUGUGGGAAAACCCAGAAACCAACACAACUCUGAACUCUGCCAGGCCUGCAAAGAGGGCCUCUGCAAAGAAGAGUGGUCGUUUACAUGACGACAUCAUUCGUCAUAGUACCACGUGAUAAAAAUCAGACCAAUGGCUGACAUAUCAAAUUAUGACGUCAACAUAUUUAAGAUGUCGUCAUAGAGCACGUGAUCAAAUGUUACGUAUUUAAGCAAUUUUGCAACAUAUCAAAAUAUUGUUGUUAUGCAAUUUAAAUGUUUAUUAUUAAGAUGUAUUUUAAUAUAUUUCGUUCAAAGUUUGCAUUUUAUUAUAUUGUUUUAUUCAUGGUUGUGAUUUUGUAGAUAUUUAUGAGAAUUUUUUAAUUACAAAUCUUAUAAAUCAUAAUGAUGUUUUUACACUUAUCUAUAUAUUGUUUGCUAGAAAGUUGAUGAGACCAUCUAAAAAGUCGCUUAUGGGAGGAUAUAUGAGGUUUUUAUGUUAGAAUUACUUUACGUGUUUUUAAGUCUUUAAACAAUUAGUGUAAUGAUAUCAUUUUAUUCGUUGUUGUGGUUAUUGUUGUUGUUGUUUGUAUUGAAAGUUGUAUACAUUCAUUUAGUAGAACAUUAGUAGUUUGUUACAUAUCUUUGUGCUUAAUGGUCUUGUAGAAUUUCCAAAAAAUACAUAUCAGCUUUAAAAUAUGAUCUGUAUUUAACUGUUAUACUAUGAUCACAUUUAUAAAUGGCAAACUAUUUUAUUGUGAGUGAAACUGCUGUAUUCUUGUUUUGUCGUUCUGUUGUCUCAGAAAUAUUUCAUCUCCAAGCUAGUUGAAUCAUACGUGUACUAAUAAGCUUAUUUUCGCCCAUCGAAUACGAACAGGGCUUAUCAGCCCUCUAAAUUCAUAUGCGGGUCGGCCCUUUUAUUAAUCAAUAGUUGUUAUUAUGUAAAACACUAAACAACAUAACAUUGAGGAAUUUUAAUAACCAUAGAAUAAUAAUGUUUUAACCUGUGUAGGGGACAAUUGCCGAAUUUUCUUAUGAUGAAACGGUCGAUUGUUUUUCAAAUAUACACCAUUCUAGUUAUCCUUAAUACAUUUAUAAACCUAAUACACUUCAUUUAAUAUUACAUUAUAUAUUUUUCAAAUCAUUAACAUCAUUGUUUAAUCAAAACCAAAUUACACUGUAGUUCCGUAUUUUCGAGAGACGAGAAAAUUGCUAUAAUCAAUAAAUAAUAUUAUAAUAUUUUAACGCGGUCUUUUGACCAUAAAUUUCAUAUCUCCUAUGUGUACAUCUGAAGUGCUCACCUUUUUGCAUUUCUAGAAUUAGAUUUUAGUAUUAUUUUGUUAUUUAAUAUUCGAUAUUUUAUUUUGUUUUUUUUAUUGUUAGUUUAGGUCAUUUUUGUUUUAUUUCUAAAUGUAUUUGUCAAUCUGUUAGUAAGUGCAUUAAUGUAAAUAACUUCAUUUUACACCAUGGUUGUAGUAUCGAUCAGGGAGUGAAAACAAAAUAAUUGUAUAUGAAUAUAUCAGAACAGUGCAGCUGACAUAUUUUCAGACUUAUACAUACGUACAUCGUCUUAACAUGCCGUGUCUUGGGGCAUUCAGCGCGAAAGUUUGUGCCUAAAUUUAACUUGAACAAUCAUAAAACAUCUUAAAUCAUUCUUAACCUAAGUCGAUUUCCUAGUUUUCAUACUCCAAAUAUAAUAAAAAUAAAAUAGGUUCAUGAAUAAUAGCACGUAUAUAUUCAAUAAAAUCAUUGAAAAAAGUAUGUCAGAUAUUGAUAAGAUAUUAUAUCAACUGACCAGUGAGCUGCCUAAUUUAGGAAAAUAACUUUAGUUAUAAAAUGACCUAAGAUGCUUUAUGAAUUCCAGCCCUGAACACAGACGAUUAUUAAGACUUACACAGAAGUUCAUCGGGGGUGAUAAUGUAUUCCUUGACCAAUUUCGUUAUAAGGCAAGGAUUGACCACCGUCUAGGAUGCUUUCGUACUAAGUGUAUUAUUACAUAAAGGAUUGUGUUUUACCAGCCCUGACCGAUACUAUCACCUGUGGUUUACUCUAUGCAUUUCCUCAUUGUUAAAAGAUCUUCCAACCAUUGUAGUAGCAUUUGUUUGGUUUCUGUCAUAAAUUUUGUGAUUUAUAAUGAUGUAAACUGUCUACACACAGUCUUUGUCUGCUGUUUAAAUUGAUUGUAUUGAAUGAAAUUUUCAAAGAAAUAUAGUGCUUCCUUAUUGUAUAUAUAUAUAUAUACAUCUAUGGGUGGAAGCCGGAAGGAUCUAUCUGGUACUAUAGUUAAUGUCAGUUACAACCUUUUUGCUUUUACCACUCGUUUAUGCACGAAAUGAAGAAAAAAGGAAUUUGCCGGUUUAAGUAAAGUAAAAAAAUCCUGUUUGACACAAUUGUUGUAAUAUCAUUGUGGUUAAGAAAUGUUUUGUAUAUUAUCAUGUUAUUGUUGUUUUUAAAUCAUAUUUUUACGAAUUUCCUUUUCUAGAUCUUUAGGUAUUCGAUGUACACUGAUAAGCCUUUCGACUGUUAAGCUGCACAAUCACAGAUUAACUAUUUUGACAUUAUUUUAGUUUUUGGUAACAUUGCCUUCAAAUCUGUCAUAUAAGAUAUCUCACAAUGAAACAGAUCUCAAUUAUUUAGAAAAUAUUGCAUUUUCGUAAAUCGUUAGUAACGCUUUUAGCAAUAAUACAUCAAUUUUCGAACGUAAAUAUGAAAACUGCGAUCUGAUCUUUUGUCAGCAGUCUUGUAUCAUUGGUUUCCAGACAUUUGCGCAUAAAUUGGCUCAUUUCGAUACAAACAAGUUUUCACAACGGUCAAUCAGUGAGAGUGCAGCUUUAAUGAGCCAUCGGCCGUAAUGUUAAACUUUGAUGAGUGGUAAUUCCAUAUAAUGUUGGUAUCCUUUGGACGGUUAUUGCUUGCUGAUAGCUAAUACGUUUAAAAGAUUAACCAAAAACUAUGAUAGAAAAAGUUACAGCAGUUAUUAUUUUUGGUUCUUUAUUCAACCGUGACUGAAAUUCAACGUUUAAUUACAUAUUUUGCAAAUCUAAAACCAAAAUUUGUUCGGCUUAAUUUUCACAUUUUAUUUCUCUUCUUAUAAAACUCUAUUAACAUAUACCAAACUAAUAUGGGAAGCCUUCUGAAGGUCGACUAUUAUACAUGGGAAACCUUAAUACAUACUUGCCAGCCGUUUGUGACGUGACGUUAAAUGGCGAAUAAGUGUAUGAUACUAGCGAAUUUUGUUUCUAAUAAAUAAUAAUAAUAUGGUGUUGCAUUAAAACACUUUAUACAAUGUUAUACCAACUAUAAAUAUCGUGAGAACCGAUGACAACUUGUGUACAUCAACUGUAUUGUAAUAUGAUACUUAAAGAUGGCUUAAACACCUUAUAUGUGAUACUACCCUUUUAUUGAAUCAAAAUUGAAUGAUUAUAUUUGUCAAAAUCAAAAUGUUUUUCAUUGUAGCACUAUGUGUUCGCUCUUAGAACAAAUAAAUCA